CAAGAAUAAACGCCCGCCGCGCCACAUUAAGAGUACAUAUGUUGGGGCUUAUACGACUUUCAAUAUCCUUGGCAUAAUAAUCUUAAAAUUACCGUAUCUGCGUUGUGUAAUAACAACAUAUAAUUCAGUCGCAUUUUUUUAUUUUCACCGUAAACAUCACUGUUAAGAUGAUAAGACAAUUGUUUUUGUUCGGGUUAAUUGCUGCGGCCACAGCCGAGAGAAAAGCUGUCGUUAGCAUUGUAGGGACAGACGUGAAGGGAUCAGUGUAUUUCACAGAGACGUCAGAUGGGAUUUUGAUUGAAGGCUCCAUUAGCGGACUCACACCCGGUAAACAUGGCUUCCAUAUCCAUGCAAUUGGAGACAUCACUGGAGGUUGUGCUUCCACUGGGGCUCACUUCAACCCCUACAAUGCCACUCACGGAGCACCAGAUGCUUCUGAACGUCAUGUAGGAGAUCUUGGAAAUAUCGAAGCUAACGCAACUGGAAUAGCUGAAAUUAAAUUUGUUGACAAAAUCAUUUCCCUCGAUGGCACCAAUAAUAUUCUUGGCAGAGGUGUUGUUGUUCAUCAAGAUGAGGAUGAUUUGGGAUUAGGAGGUGCUGAAGACUCAAAGACCACUGGGCAUGCAGGAGCUCGCGUCGGUUGUGGCGUAAUCGGAACUCUGAGCUCCACCAACACUGCGGGGAGCUAUACGCAUCCCAUGUUGCCAAUUAUUCUUUUGUUGGCUUUAUCAACUAUAUGGCGCCUAAUAGUGUGAUAUACAAAAAAGUCAAAAAGUCUGAACUUCGAGAUUAUUACAUAGGGACUAAAUCCAUAAGUGUUUAAUUAAAAUUUAAAUAAAUAAAAAAUAGUAUAAAUGA